AUGGCUGCAUGGAGCAAGGCAACGUGCUCCCAUCUUCCAAGCUGCUUUGGCUACCCCUUGAGCAUCUUCUUCAUCGUCAUCAAUGAGUUCUGCGAGCGAUUCUCCUACUAUGGCAUGCGAGCGGUGCUCGUCUUGUAUUUCAAAUAUUUCCUGCAAUGGGAUGAUAACUUGUCUACAGCCAUCUACCACACGUUCGUUGCUCUGUGCUACUUGACACCAAUCCUUGGAGCGCUCAUUGCAGACUCUUGGCUGGGAAAGUUUAAGACCAUUGUCUCCCUGUCCAUUGUCUAUACGAUUGGGCAGGCAAUCAUGUCUGUGAGCUCCAUAAAUGACCUGACAGAUCACAACCGGGAUGGCUCUCCCGACAAUGUAUCAGUGCACAUUGCUCUGUCCAUGAUUGGCUUGAUCCUCAUUGCGCUUGGUACUGGUGGGAUCAAACCUUGUGUGUCAGCGUUUGGUGGAGAUCAGUUUGAAGAUGAUCAGGAAAAACAAAGAUCUAGAUUCUUCUCUAUCUUUUAUUUGUCCAUUAAUGCUGGGAGUCUCCUAUCUACUAUAAUCACCCCAAUUCUCAGAGCUCAAGAGUGUGGCAUUCAUAGCAAACAGCGAUGUUACCCACUAGCUUUCGGAGUUCCUGCUGCCCUCAUGGCUGUUGCCUUGGUUGUGUUCAUAAUUGGAAGCAGGAUGUACAAGAAAGUUCAACCUCAAGGCAAUAUAAUGAUUCAAGUUUCCAAAUGCAUUGGAUUUGCCAUCAAAAACCGGUUUCGGCAUCGCAGCAAGCAGUUCCCCAAGAGAGAGCACUGGCUAGACUGGGCGAGUGAGAAAUAUGAUAAACGGCUGAUUGCUCAGACUAAGAUGGUGUUGAAGGUGCUUUUCCUUUACAUCCCUCUCCCCAUGUUCUGGGCGCUUUUUGACCAGCAGGGGUCAAGAUGGACACUGCAAGCCACAACAAUGGAUGGGAAUUUUGGAGCUAUUCAGAUUCAGCCAGAUCAAAUGCAGACUGUGAAUCCAAUCCUGAUUGUUAUAAUGGUACCAGUUGUAGAUGCUGUGGUUUACCCUUUAAUCAAGAAAUGCAAGAUCAAUUUUACGCCCCUGAGGAAGAUCACUGUUGGCAUGUUCCUUGCAUCUUUGGCUUUUGUUGCUGCUGCCCUUGUGCAAGUGCAAAUAGACAAAACUCUUCCCGUUUUCCCUGCAGCUGGGCAAUCCCAAAUCAAAAUAAUAAAUCUAGGUACUGAUGGUGCAACAGUUCGGUUUGAACCUCAACUUCAGAGUGUGAAUGUAAUGUCUAUGGAGUCGACAGGUUACAUGACAUUUGAGACUUCUCUGUUGCGAUCAUUAACCGUAACAUCUGGAAAUAAAACUACAACUCAAGUUAUCAAGUUUUCAGGGGGAAACCGUUAUACUCUUAGAGUUAAAAAUACUGCGACGGAAAUUCUUGCUGAAUUGCUGUUCGACAAUGUCGUGUCAAAACCAGAAGAAGGAAAUAAUCUCAUCAGGUUCAUAAACAAUUUUCCCAACACUAUCAACGUCACUAUGGGUGACACUUCUUUUGGAGCACUGACACCUCUUUCUGCCAGUAAUUACAGCCUCUUUCCAGGAGGAAGAAACAAUAAGAUUAUGGUUACUGGAAAUUCAAUACAUUGUUCAGUUACUUCAAAAGCAUUUGGAUUUGGCAGUGCCUAUACAAUUGUAAUUAACAAGUGUUCUGGAGACGCUCUUGAUGUAAUAUAUUCUGAAGAUAUCCCCCCCAACACAGUCCAUAUGGCUUGGCAGAUCCCUCAGUAUUUUAUUCUUACGUGUGCAGAAGUAGUCUUCUCUGUCACUGGGCUGGAGUUUUCAUACUCACAAGCUCCAUCUAAUAUGAAGGCAGUGCUGCAGGCAGGAUGGCUGCUAACAGUGGCUGUUGGUAACAUAAUUGUCCUUAUCGUGGCUGGAGCAUCCAAACUCAGUGAGCAGUGGGCAGAGUAUGUGCUGUUUGCUGCCUUGCUGUUGGCAGUUUGCAUAAUUUUUGCUGUCAUGGCUUAUUUUUAUACUUACAUUGAUCCAAAUGAGAUUGAAGCCCAACUUGAUGAGGAAGAAAAGAAACAAGUCAAAAUGGAUCAAGAUGUCUCUGAAAAGCAAGCUGAAGCUGAUUCUCAGAUGUAA